GACAUUUAGUUUGGUGAUUUCGGAAAGAACAUUUUUUUUCUAUCGUUUUGACACCGAAAGUAAUGUUUUAAUAACACCGCAAUCUUUUUUGGAAAUACAACAGUUUGAUUCCUAUGCAUGUUAUUUACAAGUGUGUUGAAGCAUAGAUAAGUCUGAAAGGUGCAGAAAGUGGGACAUCGAAGUUGGAGACCUUUCAAUUAGAGGCAUAGAAGGACAGGAAACAGGUUUUGGAUGCAUCCCCGAUCUAACAUGCUGAAUCAAAUGAAUGAAUAAUUACCACCUUUGUGAAACUUGAUGCCAUGCUGAAGAGGAUUUCUUUCUGUUCAUAAGUAAAUCUGCCGUUGGAAGGAGCCAAAUGACUGAGCUGCAGCUCCAGCGAACAGCAGAGGGGCCAAAUGUUCAGGAGAUGCCAUUCUGGCUUGAAAAAGCAACCCUUUGGGACCAAUCUGACUCUUCACACACCAGAAAAGACAUCUCCCUUAACCUGAGAAGUCUGAGAGAUUUCUUCCAUCAGGUUCUCACAGAGAUCAACAAUGUGAGCUCCACCACAGAGACCAUGAAAAGGCUUCCCCUUCUAGGUCAGGUUUUAGGCCGGCUUUGCUGGAACCCUUAUGUCACAGCAGACGGUGCAAGUAGAGGACUUCUCCUCCAAUGCCUGUUGGCACUGUACUCAGAGCAUCCAAGCAAUGCUGUGGAAAGAAAAGCCAACGAAUGGAUAAGGAAAGUCCUGUGUCGGCUCACCACAGAAGAAGACGAUGGUGCCACACUGGCAAUGAUGAAGCAUUUAGGUGUGCCAACCAGAGAGUACUAUGUUAAAGUGCUGAAUAAGAUGGUAACAAUGAUCCAGGAAAGCAUAUGGAAGAGUCGGUGUUCUCACAGCAACAGAAAUCAGAAGUGUUCGUGUGGCAGUAUUCAGGCUGCAUCAGAGGCUUUUAUGUCUCUUAUAACAUGUGCUGAAGCCUCCCCUGUUAUUGGUACCUUGCUGCAGCAGCCAGCUCCUUGCAUCAGAGGAGGUCUGAGUGAAAACUUCAUUGAUGCUCUACACUCUGCUUAUUCCAGAUGUGACCUUCCACUUGAGGAGGAGGUUGUUAUUUCUCUGUGGUGCCACAGUCUGCCUUUUCUGGAGGAAGCUGUGCUCAGUUUGCUCGACUCUGCGACUGCAGCAGGAUCAACGCCCGAUAAGAUAAAGGAGCAAGUAACAAAGUCCUUGUUGCCUAAAGCUUGUGCCCAGCAUUGUUCCAUAUUCCUGGUUGUAAACGACAUCUUUAGGACUGUUCUUAAACGGGCUGAGAGAAACGAAUGUGUUAAAGAUUUUUUACAAACCUUUACUAAGUGCUUCCUAAGGGAGCUGACACUGCUGCAGCCUCAGACAUCUGCAUCUUUAAAAGCCUUCUUCCCACAGUCCCCUUCAAGUCUGCUGCUUUACCUUCUCACCAUGCCUUCAGAGAUGCCUCGGGAGAGUUGGAAAAAUCACCUGAUGUGGGUCAGCAGCACAUUACAGAGACUGACGGAGGAAGAAGAGGAGGAGGAAGGCUCGGACGCUAUCAACAUCAGGGGGCACAGCAGAGUGUUUGAGGCAUGGUUCCUGCUGGCUCAGUGUGCUCACUGGGUACAGGUGGCGGUCCAACUGCUGGUUACAUCAGGCCCCGAGGACUGUGGCUCCCUCCUCUGGUUGCUGACCUUCUAUCAUCGACCCACCAACAGGUGGCACCACAGAGCUGCACAGCUGGUGCAGGCCAAAGCAGCGUGGGACCAGCUCUACAGUAUUUUCUCUGUCGGAGCUCAUCCUCUUCCUGCAGACCGUCUGCAGCCUUUACUCAGUCUGCUUUCAUCCAGACCUCAGCAGCUAUCAUUGAUAACUCUUCACCUUUUGGUUAGCUUUGCCGUUUUUGGUCAACUACCCCUAAGCACAUCAACAGAGAUCACAUUGAAGGUGUUGGAUCAGUCUGGUCUGCGGGAAGAGGCGGCACAUUUUCUCAGCUCGCUGCGUCUCCAGCUAAAUGACCAAGGCUGCUCUGCAAAUGACAGCGUUAGCCUCAGGGUCGAGGAUCUUCACAGCAAAAUAAAACAAAUGUGAGCCACAUGCAGUCUGAGUGACACAAAGCUAACGUGCUGUCAUAGGAUGGCGGGAGGCUGCUCAAGACAAAACAGCGAGGACAGAUUACAGGACAUGUGGAGGUUGUAAACACAUCAGACAGCUACAGAGCCCAGAAGGACUGUAGAGCAAUGAUAAAUCCCUGUUAGCAGCAUCUGUGUGUAUGUGUGAAGAUUCCGCCCCCUCACUGGACUUAUUCAGCAGAAAUCCAUCCUGCUUCAAAGGCCGACUGAAAGAAACGGGUCUGAAAGAUGGAAAGUAAUGGCUGCUAUUUAGUUUUUUUGUUGCAGGGGGGAGAAAAAAAACUCACAUUUAUUAAUAAAUGCCUGUGUUGCUUAUGGUACAAUGCACUUGUGGCUAAA